CUCAAGUGUUUUUGGCCUGGAACGUGCAUGGUUUGUGUUUUAGAAAGAACACCCCAAUACGGUGGGGAAGGAAGGUAGGCCAGGAGAUCACCUCGAAGGCCAAAGGGUGACUCUCUUUUUAAAUGCUGAGGAUCUGAAGGAAAGUCAUGACACUGAGUAUUAGCUGAGACCACAACCACAGAGGAGAAUGACCUGUGGAUCUGGUUCAGUGAUUUGAAGGGAGAGAAACUGGAAUGAACCGAAUGAAGUUUCCUUGCUUAGGUAUCUGGGUGGCAGGCCCAGUUCAUGGAGUCAGGAGAAACAGAGGCAACUGUAGACAGCGAGCAAGCCCAUGUAAGGUGGUGGAAAUGAGUUCAGAGAAUGCUGAACGUUAUCUAUCCAGUGGAGAAUUUUCAGGUUGAGAUCUGAACUGAGGGCCAUAGAUUUUUGAAUCUACCAGAAUAUAUACAGCAGCUAAAACAAGCUAGUGAGAUAUCUCGGUAACAAGAAACUGAUGAAAAAUCAGAGUUUGGAUCCCUGAGAAAAUUUCGCUCUUAGAAGGAACUAAAUUCAGACUUGGCUUUGAAGAGGAACUGGUGCCAUUGUUUUUGUGUGCUGUGCAAGUUCUGCUGCGGGGAGCCGAGCAGAGAGCAUGGGCGAGCUGGGAAGCCAGGACGUGAAUGCAGUGACUUAUGCCGAUGUACACAUCAACUUCACUCGGGAAGAGUGGGCUUUGCUGGAUCCUUCCCAGAAGAAGCUAUACAAAGAUGUGAUGCUGGAGACCUACAGGAACCUCACUGCUAUAGGCUACAGUCGGGAAGAUCAUAAUACUGAAAACCAUUUUCAGAGUUCUAGAAGAUGUGGUAGACAUGAAAGAAAUCGUACUGGAGAGAAAGUCUCUGAAAAUACUGAAUGUGUUAAGACCUUAGCAUAUCACAGUCAUCUGCAAUUACAUGAAAGUACCUAUACUGAAGAGAAACCCUAUGAAUGUAAUCCAUGUGAUAAAGCCUUUGCGGAUUUCAGUCCUCUGCAAAGUCAUAAAAGAACAAAUAAUGGAGAGAAAACUUACAAAUUUAAUCAAUGUGGUAAAAUCUUUGCACAUCAGAACAAUCUUCAAAGAACACAUACUGGAGAAAAACCCUACGAAUGUAAUCAGUGUGGUAAAACCUUUGCCCAUCACAGUAGUCUUCAAAGACACAAAAGAAGACACACUGGAGAGAAACCUUUUGAAUGUAAUCAACGUGGUCAAGCCUUUGCACAUCACAGUGGUCUCCAAAUACAUAGAAGAUCACAUACUGGAGAGAAACCCUACAAAUGUAAUCAGUGUGGUAAAGGUGUUGCAAGUCCCCGUAGUCUUCAAAGACAUAAAAGAGUACACAAUGGAGAGAAACCUUAUGAAUGUGAUCAAUGUGGUAAAGCCUUUGUAUGUCAAAGUGGUCUCCGAAUACAUAAAAGAACUCAUACUGGAGAGAAACCCUACAAAUGUAAUCAAUGUAGUAAAGGCUUUUCAGUACACAGUAAACUCCAAAUACAUAAAAGAACACAUACCGGAGAGAAACCAUACAAAUGUAAUCAAUGUGAUAAAGCCUUUUCACAGCGUGUUCAUCUUCGAGUUCAUAGAAGAACCCAUACCGGAGAGAAACCCUAUAAAUGUAAUCAGUGCGGUAAAGCCUUUGCUUAUCAAAGAGGUCUUCAAAGACAUAAAAGAAGACACGCUGGAGUGAAACCUUAUGAAUGUAAUCUAUGUGGUAAAGCCUUUGUAUGUCAAAAUGGUCUCCACCUACAUAAAAAAAGACAUACCGGAGAGAAACCCUACAAAUGUAAUCAAUGUGAUAAAGCCUUUUUAUGUCGUAGUAAUCUUAAAACUCAUCAGAGAACACAUACUGGAGAGAAACCUUAUGAAUGUAGUCAGUGUGGUAAAGCCUUUGGAUGUCCCCGUAUUCUUCAACUGCAUAUAAGAACUCAUACUGGAGAGAAACCUUAUGAAUGUAGUCAAUGUGGUAAAGCCUUUGCACAUCAGAAUAGUCUCCAAAUACAUAAAAGAACACAUACUGGAGAGAAACCUUACAAAUGUAAUCAAUGUGAUAAAGCCUUUGCUUGUCAGCGUAGUCUCCAAAUACAUAUAAGAACACAUACUGGAGAGAAACCUCAUGAAUGUAGUCAUUGUGGUAAAGCCUUUGGACAGCGUAGUCAUCUUCGAAUACAUAAAAGAACACACACUGGAGAGAAACCCUACAAAUGUAAUCAAUGUGAUAAAGCCUUUGUAUGUGCUAGUCAACUUCGAUCUCAUAACAGAAUACAUACCGGAGAGAAACCCUAUAAAUGUAAUCAGUGUGGUAAAGCCUUUGCACAUCAGAAUACUUUCCAAAUACAUAAAAGAACACAUACUGGAGAGAAACCCUAUGAAUGUAAUCAGUGUGGUAAAGCCUUUAUAUGUCAUAGUCAUCUUCAAAAUCAUAAAAGAACACAUACUGCAUAAAAACCCUAUGAAUGUAAUCCGUGUGGCAAAGCUUAGCAUGAAUCACUAGUCUUCAAAAGCACAAGAAAAAUCUUACUGCAUAGAAACCCUAUAAAUGUAGUCAGUAUGGCAAAGUUUUGCAAGUCAUGGUAGUGUUUAUACAAGAGUAAAACUUAAGUACAUAAUUAGACAGUUAAAGCCUUUGCAUAUAACAUUAAUCUGUUUGAGGAUCUAAAAAAAAACACAUACCAAAGGAUUUGGUAAAAUCUUUAGCCAACAUAUUUACAUUCAGUUACACAAGAUUAUUGAUUUUGGAGAAAAAAUAUCUGGCAAUUGUCAACAACCUGUUCAAGUGUUAUGAUGUCACUAUUUUUUGGUACCUCCAAACUCUUAUAGACAAAAGACCUAUUACUAAAUUACAAAUUAACCCUUUCAGAUUUCAUACUUCUCUUCACUCACAGGAAAUAAACCCAUGAGCAAGACUUUAUGGAUAUGUAAUAGUCCAUUUUCUGUUGCUGUAGCAAAACAAUAUCUAAG